AUGUCUCAUAACAACCUGACAGGAGUUAUUCCUUCUUGUAUCUCCAAACUACAAAACCUCGAUUCAUCAUUUGAUGUAUCAAAUAAUAAACUCUGUGGUGAAAUCUCAGCAGAAAUCGGAGUCACACUUUCUGAUUUAGAAGUCCUCAAUCUAGCUGGUAAUGAAUUUUCAGGUUCAAUUCCCUCUUCUAUAUGUUCAAACAUACCAAUUUAUUCAUCUUCAACUAUUGACCUCUCAAACAACAAAUUCUCAGGGGUUAUACCUAAUACCAUAGGGAAUUGUAGGAAUCUUGAAUCACUAAACCUUGGGAACAACAGUCUCAAGGGAAAUGUUCCGAAUGAGAUUGGACAAUUACAUUUUUUGAAUUAUCUUCAACUGCAAGACAACUAUCUGGAAGGUACUAUCACCUUCAUCAGUAAAUUUCCGGAUCUAGAUGUUCUUAAUUUAGCAAAUAACCACUUCCAAGGCAAUAUACCCAGAGCAUUAUUUGGUCCACAGCAUCCUUACGUAAGAAUCAUUUCUUUAAGGUCAAACAAGUUGAAUGGGUCACUCCCUAAUGAAAUUAGCUUGAGUCACCUUCUAAUUUUGGACUUAUCGCAUAACCAACUCUCGGGCCAUAUUCCUACAAAGUUAGGAAGGUACUGGAUGAAUUUACCAAGUUAUUCUUCAGUGCAGCUAACGGAUCAACGGAAUGAUAAUGAUAUUCAAUUGCAGAUGGUGAUCAACGGGAUCAUGGUACAAUUUCAAAAAGUAUACCCUUAUGACUCGGUAUUGGAUCUAUCUUGCAACAUGUUCGAGGGUAACAUCCCAACAGAGAUUGGCCGGUCAAAAGGACUUCGAAGGCUGAAUUUGUCUCACAAUCAUCUUUCGGGUAAUUUACCUGUGAGUAUUGCAGAUAUGUCUAAUUUGGUUUCUUUGGACUUAAGUUUCAAUACACUCUCUGGGCAAAUCCCACAUUCUUUAACAUCGCUCGACUCUCUUGGGUUUCUAAACCUAUCUUACAAUGAGUUGAGUGGCAAAAUUCCAAGAGGGACUCACUUUGACACGUUGGGUGUUGAUGGUUGGGCUUUCGUUGGGAAUGCAUUGUUGUGUGGAGAACCUACAAAGAAAGUUUGUGAAGUUGAAGAAGACGAUCAAAACGAUGAUCAAGAAGAUGCAAGUGAGAAGUUGAUAUUCUACAGUAUUGUUUUUUUGGGGUUUGUAGUUGGAUUCUGGGGUCCAUUCCUUGUGAUGCUGAUAAAAAGGGAUAAAAUGUGGUUUCUAUAUUGGAAAUUUAUUGAUUAUUUUGUUGUUGUAAUAAUAAGAUGUAUCCAAAAUAAAUAA